AUGGCUUCCGAAGUAUCAUCAUGUCCAUUCUGCAACAUCGCUGCAUCGAAUCCGCCAGCCCCUUUCAAUGAUCCCGAGUCCGGCUCGGUCUCCUCCGAGUCAACACCCGAGGGGACGGCUCAUCUGAUUCUGUCCACAGAGCAUGUGCUGGCUUUCUUAGAUAUCAUGCCUCUGACCAAUGGUCAUGUCUUGAUUGCUCCACGCCGGCAUUAUGAGAAGCUGGGUGAUAUGGGUGUUGCAGCUGGGCAGGAGAUGGGGAAAUGGCUUCCGAUUAUUUCGAGGGUUGUGACGAAGACUAUUUUCGGGGAUGAUCCGGAUAGACAUUGGAAUGUUGUCCAGAAUAAUGGCGCCCGUGCAGCACAGCAAGUACCUCAUGUACACUUUCACAUCAUCCCUCGACCGUCAGACUUCGCUCAUAAGCCGAGCUUUGCUAUGUUUGGUCGUGGUCAGCGCCAUGAGCUUGAUGAUGACGAGGGUGCUGCAUUAGCCCGUGCUAUGAGGGCCGAGCUGGACCUUGAGAUCAAGCGGAUUCAGAAAGAAGAAGGUGUGGUUCUUAGCCACACGGCGGAGAAGGGCAAAUUGUGA